GGGUAAAAGUAUGAGCUCUGACUUUCCCUUUCGAUUAUGGUUAAACAAUUCCCGAAAGCUAAUCAUGUCAACUCCACAUGGCAUUCAGAUCCUCAGAACUUUUUAGAUGCCGUUCCUCUCUUUUCUUCGCUACUUUUCUCUCCAUACGCAACCUUCCGAAGAUAGCAACAACAAUUGCCAACACCCGCUCACAAUGCAUCGAUAAGGGAGGUUUGAGAGGAAAGAGGAGCUUCAGGAACGCGAUAAUGGCGCCGAGGAAGAAAUUACAAGGUGUCGAUGAUGAAUUGCAGAAAUUGCUUGAUGCUAAUAUGGAUGGCGUGGCCACCAGACGCCGAGCGCGGGAGGCGUUUAAAAAUAUUCAGCUCGGAGUUGAUCACAUUCUGUUCAAGACACCAAGCGACGGAUUGAAGAUGGAAGAGACAUAUGAAGUCAACUCCAGAGGGCUGAGUAUAUUCUCAAAAAGUUGGAUUCCAGAGACUGUCCGUCCUAAAGCAAUGGUGUGUUAUUGUCAUGGCUAUGGAGACACCUGCACAUUUUUCUUUGAAGGCAUUGCAAGAAAGUUAGCAUUGUCAGGAUAUGGCGUCUUUUCUAUGGAUUAUCCAGGAUUUGGUCUUUCAGAAGGUCUCCAUGGCUUUAUACCAAACUUCGACAGAAUUGUAGAUGACGUCAUCGAACAUUACUCGAAAGUGAAAGAGAACCCGGCGUAUAGUGCUCUCCCAAGCUUUCUCUUUGGGCAGUCUUUGGGGGGAGCUGUGGCUCUCAAGGUACACCUAAAACAACCUCGUUCAUGGAGUGGUGCAGUUCUUGUUGCGCCAAUGUGCAAGAUUGCAGAUGAUAUGGUUCCACCAUGGGCACUUGCACAAGUAUUGAUCGGAGUGUCUAAAUUCCUUCCAAAGUACAAGUUGGUUCCACAGAAAGAUUUGGCGGAGGCAGCUUUUAGGGACUUGAAGUAUAGAGAACUGACAGCAUAUAAUGUCAUUGCAUACAAACAUAAACCACGCUUGCAGACUGCAGUAGAGAUGUUGAAAACCACGCAAGAAAUAGAACGCAGAUUGAAAGAAAUUUCCCUGCCAUUAUUAAUCCUGCAUGGGGAGGCUGAUAUUGUAACCGACCCAUCCGUGAGCAAGUUGUUGUACGAGAAAGCGAGCAGUUCAGAUAAGAAAAUAAAACUUUACAAGGAUGCAUACCACUCUCUUUUAGAAGGUGAACCAGAUGAAGUGAUACUCGAGGUAUUUGACGACAUCAUCUCUUGGCUGGAUGAGCGCUGCAAGUAAUUGUUUUGGUGACUGACUUAUCGUCGUUCUUUCGUGUAUGAUUUGGUGAGGAAAAGGGAAGGGACAGAAAAUGCCAUGAAGAAGAGUUUGGAAAAUUAUGCUAUUAUGGGGCUUUGCAGCCUUAGGAAAAAACUGUCGAAGUAAUGUUUUAAUAAACUAUGAAUUGAACAGGUAGAAGCUUUGAAAUUAGACAUCAUUAUUUUUAUUUAAGGCUCAAUAAAUCUCAAUUGAUUGGGGUGAAAGUUGGAGGGAAUUAGUUCAAGAACCACCCUCAAGCUAUUAUUGAUUGAAGGGUUCUUUCUUUCA